AUGAAAUGGGAAACGGUCAAUGAGUUUAUUAACAACAAUGAGCUAUCCGAAGAAAGUCAGUUGAAGCUGGUGUGGUGUGAAGCAAAGCCCAGGCGAGUUUCUUCCCAGACACGUGGGCAGAUACCGAGGAAUCCUCCUCCAAGGGAACUGGGCGACAUAACAGGCGAACAGGAAGGUGUGUUUGGCGGUGAGUCGGUGUCAGUGAUGGAGGGAGAAUCUGUCACUUUAUACAUUAAUGAUACUGAAAUACAUGAAGGUGAUGACAUGAUGUGGAAUUUUGGAGCUAAAAAUGAUCCCUUUACUCAAAUCAAUAAAGAGGCUGGAAUCUUCUCAAUGUCUGAUGGUCCUGAUGGGAGAUUCAGAGACAGACUGUUACUGAACCAUAAAACUGGAGAUCUCACCAUCACAAACACCAGAAUCACAGACGCUGGAUUUUAUAAACUACAGAUCAGUGGAGCUAAACUGUCAUCAAAAACAUUCAAUGUUACUGUCAAUGCUCGUCUGCCGGUUCCUGUGAUCACCAGUAACUCUUCUCAAUGUUCUUCAAGCUCUAAAUGUGUGUUGGUGUGUUCAGUGGUGAAUGUGACACAGGUGACUCUCUCCUGGUACAAAGGAAACAGUUUAUUGUCCUCCAUCAGUGUGUCUGAUCUCAACAGCAGUCUCUCUCUACCUCUGGAGGUGGAAUAUCAGGAGAACAACAUCUACAGCUGUGUGAUCAACAAUCCCAUCAGAAACCAGACUAAACAUCUCAACAUCACUGAAGUCUGUCAGACGUGUUCAGAUCUGGACUCAUCUUUAGUUCAUAUGGUGCUGAUCUCUGCUGCUGCCGGAUCUCUGUUGAUUUUGGUUGCAUUUGUGAUAUUCUGCAUUUACAAGAAAUGCACAAAAAUAGCCCAGACCCAGGAAGAAGCUUCCAAAAAACGAAAGUCACAAAAUAAGAUGAAAUCAAAGGGUGCAGAUGCGGUGUAUGAAAAUGUUGCCAUGAAACGAUGAACUAACUCUAUCAAGUUGGACUUUAUUCUCUGGCAGGAUAUUAUUCAGAGGAACAUGUGUAUUAUUGGGACUUUAUUUGGGCCUUUUUACCUAACGACACCUUCUUUUGGUUUUCUUCUUGAUCUCUCACAUAAGCUGUUAUUUUGAUAUCUGGCCUGAAUUGUGUUGCUAUGCUUUAGUGAUAAUCUUGCAGUGUAUAUACCAGAAAUGCAAGACUGUAUUUUAGCUUAAAGUAGUGCAUAAAAAAAAAAGAUUAAGGACUGACCGCCUCGGACACCUUUCGGUUUCAUUGUAUGGAAAAAUGAUGCAAAGAAAGUGAAUGGUGACUGAGGUUGUCACUCUGUCUAACAUUUUCUUUUAUGUUCCACGGAAAGAAAGUCAGACAGGCUUGGAACAAGUGAGAGCAGGGAUGGACUGGUAAUCUGGCAUACUGGGCAUUUUCCCGGUGGGCCGACGCAAUUUGGGGCUGAUCAGGGGCGGACUGGCCAUUGGGAGAACCGUGUGGGCCGGUGGGUUGGCCGUGAAUCGGGCCGAAUGGGCCACGAUAAGCUAAAAUGAGCCACCGCGUUAUGCAGAAUGGACCACAAAACUGUGCCACUAUAUGCAGAAAAGGACAGCGCUCCCGCUCAACUUUUGGGCCAGUUGCUAUGCAAAAUCCCAGCCCGAUUUCUCUUCCCAGUCCAGCCCUGUGUGACAGUAAAUGAUGACAGAAUUUAUGGAUGAUCUAUCCCUUUAAUUUAAACUAACAAGUAUCUUGUCACCUUUUAUUAUUAAACAUUG